AUGGGAAACCUGCUAAAAUAUAGAGUAACUCAAAACUAUCCAUUCGAACAUACAGGAAUAGAAUAUGCUGGACCAAUACAAAUGAGAUGUUAUAGAGGUCGUGGGCAAAAAUCAUAUAAAGCAUACAUAGCAAUAUUUAUAUGCAUGACCACAAAAGCAAUUCAUUUAGAAGCAGUCACCGACUUGACAUCUGACGCCUUCUUAGCAGCAUUAAAAAGAUUUUUCGCACGACGUGGAAAAAGUGCACAUAUGUAUUCCGACAAUGGUACAACAUUUAUUGGAGGAGCAACCAAACUAGACAAAGAAUUUGAAUUAGCUAUCAAACAAAAUAAUGAAGUAGCAUCAAUAUUAGCAGCAGACAAAAUUGAAUGGCACUUUAUUCCUCCAGCUAGUCCUCAUUUCGUUGGUAUAUGGGAAGCUGGUGUCAAAUCAAUGAAACAUCAUCUAAAAAGAACAAUUGUAGAAUCAAAGUAA